AGCUCAAGAGAUGGCUGCACAAUGUGUCACGAAGGUGGAGCUGAAUGUUUCCUGUACCAAUCUUUUGGAUUUUGAUGUAACGUCAAAGUCAGACCCUCUGUGUGUGCUGUUUUUGAACACAAGUGGUCAGCAGUGGUAUGAGGUUGAACGCACUGAAAGGAUUAAGAACUGUUUGAAUCCCCAAUUUUCCAAGACAUUCAUUAUUGAUUACUACUUUGAAGUGGUUCAGAAAUUGAAAUUUGGGAUUUAUGACAUUGACAACAAGACUAUUGAGCUGAGCGAUGAUGACUUCCUAGGAGAAUGUGAAUGUACCCUUGGACAAAUUGUUUCCAGUAAGAAGCUAACUCGACCACUGGUACUUAAAAAUGGCAAACCUGCUGGGAAAGGGAGCAUUACGGAUCUGUUUGGAAAGUCAGACCCUUAUCUGGAGUUUCAUAAGCAGACAUCUGAUGGAAACUGGCUGAUGGUUCAUCGGACAGAGGUUAUUAAGAACAACUUGAAUCCUGUUUGGAAGCCUUUUAAAAUCUCUCUUAAUUCCCUCUGUUAUGGAGAUAUGGACAAAACCAUUAAGGUAGAGUGUUAUGAUUAUGACAAUGAUGGAUCACAUGAUCUCAUUGGUACAUUCCAAACAACCAUGACCAAACUAAAAGAAGCUUCCAGAAACUCACCUGUUGAGUAUGAAUGUGUAAAUGAAAAAAAGAAGCAAAAGAAAAAAAGCUAUAAGAAUUCAGGAGUUAUCAGUGUGAAGCACUGUGAGAUUACAGUGGAAUGCACAUUCCUUGACUAUAUCAUGGGAGGAUGUCAGCUGAAUUUUACUGUGGGAGUGGAUUUCACUGGCUCCAAUGGUGACCCCAGGUCUCCAGACUCCCUUCAUUACAUCAGUCCCAACGGUGUUAAUGAGUAUCUGACUGCCAUCUGGUCUGUGGGACUGGUUAUUCAAGAUUAUGAUGCUGAUAAGCUGUUUCCAGCUUUUGGUUUUGGAGCUCAGAUACCUCCUCAGUGGCAGGUAUCUCAUGAAUUUCCAAUGAACUUUAAUUCAUCUAAUCCCUACUGUAAUGGAGUCCAAGGCAUUGUAGAGGCAUACCGGGCCUGUCUUCCUCAGAUAAAGCUCUAUGGACCAACUAACUUUUCUCCAAUCAUAAAUCAUGUGGCCAGGUUUGCAGCAGCAGCCACACAGCAGCAGACUGCUUCUCAAUAUUUUGUGCUCUUGAUCAUCACUGAUGGCGUGAUCACAGACCUUGACGAAACCAGACAAGCCAUUGUUAAUGCUGCCAAGCUCCCCAUGUCCAUCAUCAUCGUUGGAGUUGGAGGAGCUGACUUCAGCGCCAUGGAGUUUCUGGAUGGCGAUGGAGGAGGUCUCCGCUCCCCAAGGGGCGAGGUGGCCAUCAGAGAUAUUGUCCAGUUUGUGCCUUUCAGACAGUUCCAGAAUGCUCCGAAAGAAGCGCUUGCUCAGUGUGUCUUGGCGGAGGUUCCCCAGCAGGUGGUGGGCUACUUCAAUACAUACAAGCUCCUUCCUCCCAGGAACCCAGCUACGAAAUGAAAAGAGCUGUUACCACUUCAACAGAAUUCUACGCUGCCAGGAAACAAUACCAUCUCUUACAUAAAAUCAUGUACCUGUCAUUUUUUUGUACAUUUCACCCCCUGUGUUUAUGAUGUAAACCUGGUUCUUUGUGGCUUUUAUAACUGUUUAAAGCAUAGUGUUUUGAGGAAUACAGUGCCAAACCCAUCUUCGCCAAUCAAUGCAGUGAUUGCUAGUAAUUUACAGUAAUUGCAGUGAGGUGGUUUGGAUUAGAACACAGUGUAGGGAAAACUGAAUUUCAUUUGCUUUUAUAUGAUGAAAAUGCCAUUUUUACAUGUUUGUCAGAAAGAAUGAAAAAUUGUUCAGAUGAAGUAUUUUGCAGGUUGCUAUACUUUGUAUGGAGUAAAUAUUUUAGAAGCUAAUGCCCAUACUAUUGAUUGAGAAAGCUUCUUGUUAGAUAAUAUUGAAUUUGUUCUUAAAACUCUGUAUUCAACCUUUUCCUUGGAGUAAAAAGUACCUUGACUUGGCACCUGGUUUUUUCUGUGUAUGCAGUUUGAAUGCUGCACAGUUACAAAGCAUCUUGUACUCAUAUGGGAUUUGUUGAAAGGGAAAGAUAAUUACUCAGUUUUUAAAAUAUAUAAUCAACAAGUAAAGAAGAAUCUGUGUAAGUAUGCCAUGUUUGUUUUUCUUUCUAAAUUUUUUAUUUUUUUGUGGAAUACUGUAAACAUGGUCAGAAUUGGCCUUUCUUUUCAUUUACUGAAUGUAAUACUCAAGAUUCUGUAGAUUCAUAGAUUGUAGGUGCAUAGAUUGUCUCAGAUUCUACCUUACUAGUUUAUUUUAACUGAGGUUUACUAAAAUGCUUAGGAUUGCUUUGUCCAGGGAUAUUAUGAGGACCAAACAUAUAAGGUAAAAAUUCAUAGCUCCAUUUUCUCUAAUAAAUGACUUUACCUAUUUUUUUAAA